AUGGCAAGAAAAUUGAAGGGCAAAGCUACGGCGACAGGUCUGAAAGCUGCAUUGUUGAGACAUAAGUUAGAGGCCAAGUCUUUGAGGAAAAAGAUCCAAAAAGAACAAGUUAAACCUCAAAAGAAGCCAAAACAUCAACAAAAUCACAAUCAAAACAUCAAAUUUAUACCUUUCAACAAGGAAGAGACCUUAUUGUUAGUAGGCGAAGGGGAUUUCUCGUUUGCUAAGUCGAUUGUUGAGGAAGAAUAUAUCAAACCAGAGAAUCUUGUUGUGACAAGUUAUGAUGCAUCUACAACUGAAUUGAAAUUGAAGUAUCCCAAUUCAUUUGAGUCCAACUAUAACUAUUUGAUUGAACAAGGUGUUAAGAUAUUCUUCAAAAUAGAUGCGACGAAAUUGGUUCGUACUUUCAAGAUUUCAAAACAUACACCAUGGUUGAAAAUUAUGGGAAAUUCAUGGAAAUUCAAAUAUUUGGAUAAUAUCAUGUUCAAUUUCCCACAUACUGGGAAAGGUAUUAAGGAUCAAGAUCGUAAUAUCAAAGAUCAUCAAGAAUUAGUAUUUGGAUUUUUUGACAGUGCAAAACAGUUCUUCAAAUUAAUCAACGGUAAGACAAAAUCGAGUAAAUCGAAUCAUACGCAAGGUUAUUCAAUGGAGGAGAACGAUAAAUCCAAUCAUAUAAGUGAAGAAGGUUACGGUAACAUUAUUUUAUCUUUAUUUGAUGGUGAACCAUACGACUCAUGGCAAGUGAAAAUUCUGGCAAAGCAAAAUCAACUUCAAGUAGAAAGGUCGAAUAAAUUUCAAUGGGCAAAUUAUCCAUCAUACCAUCAUAAGAGAACAAAUAAUGAACAAGAUACUACAAAGCCUGCAAGAGAUAGAGACGCUCGAGUAUAUAUUUUCAAGAAUUUUGAAAAGAAGAAGCAUCAGGUAAGUAAGAAGAAUGAAAGUGAUUCAGAAUGA